GGCGGUGAGUGAGAUAUCGACUUUUGCUCUGCCUCUUUCCCUCCAAAGUCUGGAGUUGUUGAUUUCGCAAUACAUUUGUUGCGCGUAAAUAGCAAUACAAAGGACAAAUUACUCGCUUUAAUCUCGUUUGCUUUUUAAAUUCUCAAUGAAUCAAGUGAAGUGGAGUGCGCGCGAGAGGUUAUAAUAUGAACCUAAUAAUGUAGGCGUCAUUGCAUGACGGAUUUCUAUGUUGACCGCGCGCGCGCCAGCAUUUUUCUCUUUCUUUACAAAGAUCACAUAUAUGCUGACCCUUUACAUCAUGACAGCGGAGUUAAGUAACUUUACGUCCCUCUUGAAUAACGUGACUGAGCUUCAAAACCACACAAGAGGUUGCAGCUUAACCAAAACUGGUUUUCAGUUUUACUACUUACCCACCGUGUACAUUAUUGUGUUCAUCACGGGAUUUAUUGGAAACAGUCUGGCCAUAUGGAUGUUUGUGUGUCACAUGAGGCCAUGGAGCAGCAUCUCCGUAUAUAUGUUCAAUUUGGCACUUGCGGAUUUUUGUUACGUGCUCUCGCUACCUUUUCUCAUAUUCUACUACUUCAAUAAAACGGACUGGAUUUUUGGAGACGUGUUGUGCAGGUUGCAGCGGUUUAUUUUCCACGUGAAUCUCUACGGGAGCAUCCUGUUCCUGACGUGCAUCAGCGUGCACAGGUAUUCCGGUGUGGUCCAUCCUCUGAAAUCACUGGGAAGGCUGAAAAAGAAAAACGCGGUGCGCACGGUCGCUUUUGUGUGGUUCAUAGUUGUGGUGGGAAUCUCUCCGAUCCUCUAUUACUCACGCACGGGGCCAAAAAAGGGAUACACGACCUGCUACGACACCACGACGGCGGACGAGCUGCCUGGUUAUUUCAUCUACAGCAUGUGCAUGACAGUGUUUGGUUUCUGCAUCCCGUUUAUUAUAAUUCUGAGCUGUUACGGAGGUAUUGUCAGGGCCCUCAUUUAUAAUGACAUGGACAAUGCUCCGCUGAGGAAGAAAUCUAUAUACCUGGUCAUCAUUGUUCUCACUGUGUUCGCUGUAUCCUAUUUGCCCUUCCAUGUCAUGAAGAACCUGAACAUGAGAGCUCGACUCUACUUCCAGAGUCCGGACAUGUGUGAUUUUAAUAAUAGAGUGUAUGCCACUUACCAGGUGACAAGGGGCCUGGCCAGUCUUAACAGCUGUGUGGACCCUAUUUUGUAUUUCUUGGCCGGGGACACGUUUAGACGCAGACUGUCCAGGGUCACCAAAAAGGCCUCCAGAAAAGGAGAUCACACUCUUCAGUCCAAGAGCGAGGAGACGGCGCUUAACAGCUUGCCUGAGUACGUCCAGAAUGGGGACAAUCGCAUGUGAUGGUGUUUGAAGAAAGUACAUGAAUUGUCAUCUGUAACUCCUGUAUAUUAAGAAUUAAACACAGUUCCUUAUAGUGAUUGUAUUUAGAAAAUUCAAAGUUGUUGUACUGUACCUUUUGCCAGUGUUAGUCAUGAGUUACUUUUACCGAGUAUAUUUUCGUAUAAUGUGAUGAAAGGCGAAACAGAACUGAUAAGUAACUUCUUUAAAACUAAAACUAAACAAGCAAGCUAUCACUAUCGACCUGUGUUUUAAGGGAUAGUUCAUC